CCCCGCUUCGACCACGUCCCCCCGAAAAAUGCGGUCGUAUAAAUGUUGUGGAGACGGUCUCGCUCCCGUGUAGAAGCGUAGAAGCGGUUCGUGCGUCUACCCGAUUUACAGAAGAGACACAAGAAAUGAAAUUGGCGUGUUUGGUACUGGCGGCGUGUGCCUGCGCCGUCGCCACACCCCAGGUCAAGCAAGUCCGACAGGUCUCCAAUCGUCCGGGAAGGUUCCUCUCCCUGCCCAAUCCACAGAAAUGCGCCAACAGACCGAAACAGUUCUUCUUCAGAGGUCACAACUACUUCUUCAGCGGCCACGUCCCCGCCUUGGCUAACAGGAAAGUCGACUGGUUAGACGGCAGGAACAUCUGCAGGGAAUACUGCAUGGACCUCGUCUCCCUCGAGACCCAGGAGGAGAACAACAUGAUCUUCAGAUUGAUCCAACAAAACGACGUUCCCUACAUCUGGACCUCCGGAAGGUUGUGCGACUUCAAGGGAUGCGAAGGCCGUUCCGAUUUGGAACCCAAGAACAUCUUCGGCUGGUUCUGGUCGGCGAACAGGGAGAAGAUCUUCCCCACGAACCAGACGCCUGCCGGUUGGGGAUACAACCCAUGGUCGCAGACCGGUCACAAGAAACAGAGACAGCCUGACAACGCCGAGUUCGACAUCAACGGCACCACCGAAUCUUGCCUUUCGAUCCUCAACAACGUUUACAACGACGGCAUCGCCUGGCACGACGUCGCCUGCUAUCACGAGAAGCCGAUCGUCUGCGAGGACUCCGACGAACUUCUCAACUACGUCGCCUCCACAAACCGUGGGCUUCGUCUUUAAAUUAUUUUAGUGUAUACAACCCUACCUUUGUGUCCUUUUCCCUGAACUCCUCCCUCGAUUUCCUCAAGUAGUUUUAACGAUUGUAUAAAUGUUUGUGUAAUUUUGUAUAUUUAUUAUUUUUUGAUAUACUCUAUUUGUAACGGAUUUUAUCAGGUACCUAAUAAAUUUAUGUUACGAUGUA